AUGGUGGUCCUAACAGAAGCAAUCGAAAUGUUAACCACGCUCACUACAUGCUCACCACCCAAGGCACCGCCUCCGUCACCUGUACUAAGUCAUUUCGACCCGGUCGACAGCGAGCUCGCAGACUUUGGCGAACUCCAGAUAUCGACGUCAGUCAAGGAAGCUGUCACUCCGCCGAAGCACAAGGAGAACAAUACCGAGCCACUAAAGGCUGUCCGUCUUAUUUAUUGA